CUUCAAAAUCUUGAAAAAAAACCUUAUCUUUCUAUACUCAGUACCUUAGCCGUUAUCUCUAUAGCAACUCAACAAUGGCUUCUUCAGUUUCUUCUCUUCAAUUUCUCUUUGUCACCCCACAAACCCUUUCUUCUCUAAAACCCCACAAUUCCACUUCAACUUCAUUUUCUUUCUUUUCGUUACCAUCAAAGAAUCUUUCUUUAUCUUCUUCAACAACACCACCUUCUUCUUCUUCUUCUUCUUCUUUUAAGCCUUUUGAGUCAUCUUCUAGGUUUGUAUGUAACGUGGCGUUGUCUGAAUUUGACCAACUGGAAGACGAUGUUGAAGAAGUGGAGCAACCUAAUUUCUCACCAGACCUUAAACUGUUUGUUGGUAAUUUGCCAUUCAGUGUUGACAGUGCUGCUCUUGCUGGUCUUUUUGAACGUGCUGGAAAUGUCGAAAUGGUUGAGGUUAUAUAUGACAAGCUUACAGGAAGAAGCAGAGGGUUUGGUUUUGUGACAAUGUCUAGUAAAGCUGAAGUGGAAGCUGCUGAACAACAAUUCAAUGGAUAUGAAAUCGACGGGAGGGCAUUGAGGGUGAACUGUGGGCCACCGCCAGAGAAAAGGGAGAAUUCUUUUGGAGGUGGACGAGGUGGAAGAAGUGAGAAUUCUUCUUUUGGAGGUGCACGGGGUGGUGGGAGAAGUUUUGAUAGCUCCAACAGAGUCUAUGUAGGAAACCUUUCAUGGGGUGUCGAUGAUCUCGCACUAAAAGAAUUGUUCAGUGAGCAAGGCCAAGUUGUGGAUGCCAAAGUAGUCUAUGACAGAGAUAGUGGUAGAUCAAGGGGCUUUGGAUUUGUAACAUACAGUUCCGCUAAAGAGGUCAACAAUGCAAUCGAUAGCUUGAAUGGCGUUGACCUUGAUGGCAGGUCCAUACGCGUAAGCGCUGCUGAAGAGCGUCCACCCAGGCGUCAAUUUUGAAUGUGUUAAAACUACAUCUUUUUGACUGGGUAUAAAAGCUUGAGGGCCUGGAAAUGAUUAAAAUCGCGGUAAAGCUCAUCAACUGUUUGCACCUUCAACACCUGCUACUUUUACACCAAAGUUGGUACAAAAUUUUGGUAUCUGCAUCUAGACUAAUGAGAGUAUUCACAAGUAUAUUUUCUUUUACAAGUGUAUGUUCUAAAAUUGCCUCGGGAAAAGAUUCUGACCUGUAAUUUAUAUCCAUUAGCUGAUAAUGGACUAGACGAUGACAUGUUAGAUCACUCUUUGGGAUGUA